UUUUAUGUAGACUAUGCGUCUUCACUAGAUUUGCCUGAAGCAUAGAUUAGAGAUGUUGCACAGUACCUUGGUUACCACACAAUCAGAACAAGCAAGAGAUGUUGAUAAUACAAGAUGGAAAACGGUGGUUGUCAUGUCUCUUGGAUGAGGUGGAGCUGUCAGAAUUGUCAUAGUGGUGGCAAUGUAUUAGGUACGGGAUGGCUAAAGAAGGUAGAAGCAUUAUUGGCAUGAUAUUCAAGAAUUUCAUCCAGUCCCUAAAGCCACGACAGAUAAGAGGAACUCCAGUAGGAACAGAUUACUUAGGAAAUAAAUAUUUCGAGAUACCGGCCAAUCCAAGUGUUGGCAAGAGAAAAGCUUCACGCUGGUUUGAGCCAGCUGUGAAAGAUAACUUUGAGCAAGAAAUUCCAGCGGAAUGGGAAGCAUGGCUCAGAGGACGAAGAACAGCACCACCAAUGGAAGAGGAAAUUAUGCGCAGUGUUGCCAUUAUGGAAAUGAAAAAGAAAAAUGCUGCAGAACUUGCAAGAAAAGAAGGAAAGAAAGAUCCUGGUGUUUUAGAUAAAGAGGUUAAAGGAAUGGAAUCAUUUCCAAAGUAUGAUGAAUAUGAAGUAAUGCCAGGUAAAAGUAAGGAAGCAGAUAAAUGACACAUACUGAGGCAAUUUGUUGUUUAUACAGACUGUGCCAGUCAAGAAAGUUGUUUGUGUUGAACUAUAGUUUUUUUUAAUAUGUUAUUCAUAACAUACAGGCACGAGUUGCCGUAUAAUGACUCUCACUGAUUUCUCGUAAGAGCUUUGUUUAUGCAUGUAAAACAAUAAAGUGCAGUGAAUUAUUUUUGUGAACAUUUCUCAUGCAUUCCAUUACAGAACUGGUUUACAAAAGAAACAUCAGAGUAAUUAUAUUUCAAUUAAAGCAUUAAAGCAAAAUAUAGCUGCUUUUGUGAUAA